GUAGUCACUGACUGACGUCAAUAUCCCGCCAUUCAUGUAGUGCUCAGAAAGUGACAACAAUGAGUAUCAAAGUGGAUAAAGAUGCCUUUUACAGGCGAAUGAAAAAGAUUUAUUCAUCAUGGGCUGUGAGUUAAUAAUUGAAAUUAAGGCCUUCAUUGUUGUGGAUUUUCAUUCAUGUUUCUUCAUCACUUUAAACACUAAAAAUUGUUCUUUUAUAACGGUGUACCAAUUUUCGAUACAAGUAUGAGUUCAACUCAACAGAAGAAAUUUGUGUGUGAAAAAAAAGACCAAGGAGUAUAAAAAAUUAAUGAACGCAGCAAAUGCUUAUUAAAAUUAUUAGAUUGAAAAUAUUUAAUAAAAGAAAUAUCUAGGCCUACUUGGAAUAUAAUCUGAUCUUCACAAUCUGUAAUUCAUUUUUCAUUAUAAUAAUAUAAUAAAAUUAUAAUAAUUAUAAAUUAUAGGCCUACCUGUCAUGUUGUGAUUUGUUUUGGGCUGAGGGUGGACCGGGUGGUAACUGCAAAGUAAAGGGAUGGCACUUUUACCGGUUCACCGAUUGGGGAAACCAAGAUGGCGGCUGUGUAAAAAUUAAAAAGUCACGUUUGCUAAAAGUAGGAAGAAAACAGUAAAAUUUAAUGAAAUAAUUUCCACCGGUACAUAUAUAUAUUAUAUUUCGUUGAUGUAGCUACUUUAUUGUAUCGGUCUAGAUAUAUGGAAAGAAGCGUCAACAACCUGUGGUCGCCCCUUUCCUUGCAUAAUUCAGUCGGUACACACACAAUAAUUCACUGUCACUAAACCUAGCCUGAACCGUAAAUGUAUCCCUACCUGAACCAUAAAACUAGUACUAAAGCCUCAAGUAAAAUACAUGAGUGCGGCUGCAGUUACACACUGUGGCAGAAAACUAUAAAAAUAAAGAAAAACAAUAAAAAAAAUAAUUGUAAAAUAAAUAAAUAAUGAAAACCACACCUACGGUUUCAUGGAAUACACUUUUUACACACUUUAUUACUAAUAUUACAGUGUUCAUGUUCCACCGAAAAGAAUAUCCAGAAAAUGAAUAAAAUGCAAUGCCUGGCAUUCAGCUCGUUUCAAAUAUGGCGUAGGCACUCCAACUCAAAUUUUCAAAUACAUCUAACAUACACAAAGAGCAUAACAUUGGAAAGAGCUGGCUCUAAGCUUUCCAAUGACACCAAGAUAAUCUUUCUAUCUGUUAUAGGAGAAAAGUUAUGAAUUUUUUAGUGAUUUAUUUUUCCACACUAUUCGGCUUUGUAUUUAAUUUUUAAGACUGUGAUCGCAUUAUUACUCUUUUAGUACUAUUUUGCAUGUAUCUUUUUGGCUAUUAAAGUUAGAGCUCUCAAAUUUGGAGGAAACAUUUACAAUACAAUGUUUAACAAAACAAAACACAUGAAUUGUGAAUUAACUUAUUAUAUUUGAAAAAAAUUGAUUUUAUUUGCACAUGGCGUGGAUAACGACAGUAGUUGAAAAAUUUAAUUUUACAAAAAAUGACAUAAUUACUAAACCAAUGAAGCUAUUGCUAUAAAAUUUUCAAUACAAACAGAUUAAUGUCCAUCUAAAAGUAAGGCACAUUUAAAAUAAAUAAAAUGCAGAUCAGAAAAAUUUAUGCAACGUUAGAAAAAAUAUUUCAUGAAAAGCGACAGCGGCCGAGACAUUUUUACACUUAAAUAAAUAACUUUUAAACUAAUAAAGCUACUACAAUGAAAUUUUCAAUACAAAUAGAUAGUGACAACCCAAAUGUAACAUAAUAUUCAAGUAUUACAAAAGCAAUUUAAAUCAUGCUAUACAAAAUUAAAAAACAUUUUAUCUAUAAAAGUUAUUAAAUUAAUCUCUAUCUCUCAUCAACAUUAUUGUACUGGUACAUUUAAAUACAAACAUAAAAACAUCCAAUGCAAUAUAGCUAUCCACAGUAAUGGAUAGUGUCCUUGUCCACAGAUGGUAUCCUUGUCCAGCUGAAAGUAUACAAAAUAUUUAAAAAUUAAAUUUUAAAAUUAGUGAACUGAAAAUUGAAAUAAUUUCAAUCAAAAUAUAAAUUAACAAAAUGAAAAUCUCACAUAAGAACAUUAGAAACUAAAAUUGACAAUAUUAUUUCUUCAUGAUCUAUGUUAAAUAAUAUCAACUUACAAAAUAAUUUAACAGUGGUCUUAACAUAUCCUAAAGACAGAGCCAUAACUGUCUCAAAAGAUCGUGGACAUGGUUCGUGGCUCCGGAGUUCUAGCAACAGUGGCAACACUUCAUUCUCAUCGAUAGGUAGAUUAAAAACAACAUCAUUGUCAACAUCAAAUUGGGUUGUUUAUUGAUCUCCUUCAGGUUGCAAUGCAUGUCCCACAUGGAAUCUAUAGUAAAAACAAAGGAAAAUGCUCAAGACAGACUCAAGUAUAAGUUAAUGACAUUGCAAAUAUAAAUUGUUUUUUAAACAAAAAUCACUUUAAUGAGACAAAAUAAAUUAAAGGAAUGUCCCCAGUGUUAAAUAUAUUUAAUUAGGUAGUAUGAAUGUAGGUAUAGUGUUAGUUUAUCUAAUAAUAAAAGAAUAAUAACUAGGGUGGACUGACAAAAAAAAGAUUGUUUGCAAUCAAAUCACACAAAUAAAAGAAAUUUCCCUAGUAUUAAAAUGUAUUUAUUUCAUUAAUUUAAUUCAACUAUGAAUAUAAGUCUAAAAAUACACCCUUAUAACUAAUACUAAUACUAGUAGUAUUAGUUUAUCUAAUAAUUAUUAAUAGCUAAUAAAUACAUUGUUGUUGUUGAAGAGGAGUUCAUUUUUGCAAAUUGAUCAAUUUCUUGUUUAAUAUAGAAUAAUUGUACAAACUAAAAAACAUUUUAAAAAAUAUUUUCUUGAAUACAUUUAUAUUGUUUAUUCAUAUUAGAAUCAAACAAUUUUGUUUAAUCAGAUGUUUCAAUGGCUUAGAAAUGUUUUAUUUAAAGCGUUUAUUUCCAAAUAAUUUCACCUCCCUCCGGUCAAUAAAAUUGUGUAAAAAAAGAUGGCCGCCGUUUUUUCAUGACAUGCGGAUUUUUUUUUUCGAACGAUAUCUUAAAUUCCUGAAAUAGCCACUAACGUUAACAAUAAAUGAUUUCGAAGUAAAAGUGAUCAAGCUUGCAUUAUGUAAAGGUUUUAACCUUUUACUGGCUAUAACAAAAAUAACCGAUCGACAUGUUUACACUUACCCAAGUUUACGCUCCAACUGUUCGUCUGAAACAGGUCAGAAUGACUCAGCAUUUAUACCACCGUGACCGGAAUUCUUCGGCAAAUAAAGUUUAAGACUGAAACUUAUUUAUUUUUAGAAAAUGACGCAUAGGAACGAAAAAGCCCGACAUAUACCGAAACCCGCCCUUCACGGCUGGUCACAGAAAUGUACCACGCAAAGCCGGCAGGUUUUUUUGCCCGCGUAGUCCAGUAUUGGAGUACCUAUAUGGCGGAACAAUUCAAAUAUUAUAAAUACUCAACCAAUGUCAAUGAAAUUUUAAAAUUAUAAUAAUUAACUAAUAAAAAUGUAGGUAAAUUUUGACUACUAUUGCCACUAUUUUCUCAAUGGCCACCAUCUUGGUUAGCACGUCACGUGAAGUCAUCUAUCUCUAUGCGUAACCUGAACCCUAAAUCGAUCACUAUGACUAUGCCUAACCUAAAUCGAUCCCUAUGCCUAACCUGAACCCUAAAUCGAUCCCUAAAAUAAUUUAGUAAAAAAUAAACGAAGGGAAGUCACUCCCUGGAAAAUAAGUCGUGGCAAUCGUAACUAAGAUUAGCCAAAAUGUAAUUAAAACAUGCCAUUCUCAUAUUAAGGAAAAUGUAACUCUAUUUCACAAAAAAAUAAGGGCAGUGAAUCCAAAACAGAAACUGAAUAAAAACAUGUAAAUGACGUCAUGGCUACUUCCCUUUGCAUUGGCCGGGGUAAAUUUUGUGUCAUAAGCCUGGCUUUCACUUUGGUGAAUCCCAACAUUGGACUUAAAGUGAUUAGAGCAAUUUUAGGACCUGAACGAUGCGUGUGAUAACUUUCCAUUUCUCCACUGAGCAUUAUUCGUGUCAUAAACUAAAUCUAUCUAGACGGUUAACUCAUUCCCUCCUGCAAUGCUACUUCCGUAUUUAAUUUAUUUGCCUGAGAAAGGGAAGUAACCCCGUUUGGAAAUUGUUUACAUUUUUUUAAAAAUGUAUUUAAGCUACUAAAUAUUAUUUAAUGUUAAUGAAUUAAGAACAAAUGCAACAAAAAAUUAAUAAGGUUUAAUAUAAAUAUAACAUUAGCGGGGAAAAAAUAAUGAACAAUGACCAAAAAAUCGAUUUUCGGCACCUCGGACGAACACAUGCUACAUAAAGACGCGCCGUACUAAAGCACACGUAGUUUUAAAGCGAAACAAGAUAAAAACUUCCGGUUUUUAAAUUAAAAUCACGCUGAACCACGCCAUCGCCGGAAGUCUCGAGGGAUGCGAGAUUUCAUUGCUAUUUUUAAAUAGAUAUGAGAGAGGUGUGUCGCUAUGCGCCGGGACGCAUUUGGACGCAUCCGGCGAAUCCCGAAAAGACGCAUUUAGUCGCAACCGUCGGGAAUGAGUUAAUAUGAAAUAUUUUAAAUGAAAUUUUUCAUUAAUUUGUAUUAAAAUGCAACUUUCAUGUUUCAAAAGAAAAAAAAAAAAAAAAAAAAACAUCCUUGCUGAUACUAGUCAUACCCCAAGACCCAACACUGGUAUAAAAAAAAAAAAAAAGUGCUGUCUUGUGAUUAGCCCUAGUUGAAAAUUGAAGUACCUGUAUGUGUUAAACUUGGGUAACAAAAGGGAGACCACUGCUUAAAUUGUAUUGACAAUUGGAAAUGGGUGUGGUUGCAACAGCUUAGGAAAUAUUUAAUUACCGGUAUUUGUGUUCCAGAAUGAAUUUAGAAGUGAUUUAAAUCGGAAUAUUUUAAUUUGAGGUUUAAAAACCGGGUUGAUUCCAUAUUAUAAAUUAUCAUUAUUUUACUUUAUUAAAAAAUAAUCGAAAUAGGAGCUGUAGAUGGAAAAUGAUCUAGGGGAACCUCCAUGACCUAUAUACUGUUUUAAUGACCUUAAUUUUCCAAAUUCAUUCGUAUACAAUAGGCAAGGCAUCAUUCCAUAAAAAAAAAAUUGAGGAAAUUAAAAGAACAUGUCUUUCAUAUUAACCCUUUACAUGACAGAAUAGCUCCUUUUACUAGCUCUGAACGGGUAACAUUUUUCCGGUUAAUUGUACGAUUUAGGGUUACAUUAUUAAAAACAUCAAAUCUAAGGUGUUAUUAGUAAACAAAUUUUUGUGGGGAAAAAAAACAAAAUAAAGGAAAAUGAAUGCAGAUUUAACUGAUUAUUAUUUGACUUUAACUCACAUGUUGCCAGUAAUCCACUCAUGAACACAAAUAUUUGCAAAAUACAACAUAUUGUUUUUUAUUGUCGGUCAUCUAUUUACUAUUUACAAACACUGCCACAAAAUCGAGUACAGUUAAACACUGCUUAUGCUGAUAUCACUAAUAAUAUUAUCUAGUUCGAAUUCAUAGUCAAUUUCGUGCACUUCAAUGCCACUUAAAUUGAACCCAGCAAAAUCUCCGCUGUCACUUGAAGAAUCUUCGAAGUCCAUUUUGAAAAAAAAAAAAAGCAUUAAAACCCUGAAUACUACAAAAAAGUUCGAUCAAAUACUUGUAACUGGCGCCCAAGCUAUGGGCAGAAACGAAUGUAAACAAUAGGACGUCUCUGAGAUCUCGUAUUUACAACUCUUAGCUAUCAGGGACGCAUUCUGAUGUUUGCCCUUUAAGUAGUAAAGACGUUUUUGGCCGCUGUGCCCUGUAAAGGGUUAAAUACUGAAAAGCAUUAUAUAUUGUUGUAUAUGUGUGCCAAUUCUCAUUGAUGUAAGCUGUGUCAGACGUUCGUUAUGCUCAUCCCAAUAACCUGCAUUAUUAUUAUUAUUGUAAGGCUGCUCCGCCCAAUUUUGACCCCACCCCCUUUUAAAUGGUGGAGGAUGUUGAUACUUGGGAAAUAUUCAAUUAUUACCACUAUUCACCUCAAAAUAUUUUAUAACUUGUUUUAGAAUGAACUUAUUUAAACAAGAAUUAAUUUGAGGUUUAAAAACCUGGUAGGGUCCAUAGUGUCACUUGCAUAUACUUUGCUAUUAUUAUCAUAGUUUCAUUCAUAAGAGAUUAAUAAAUAAUAAUAAUAAAGUUUAUUUGAAAAACACGCUUCAUCCCCAAAGGCUCGAAGCGCGGCACAAAGUCAACCAUGUUUAAAAAUCUAUAAUUUACCACAUUUAAAACAUACGCAACACUACAAAAACUAAUUACUAGCAUACCAAGCCAAAGUCCUUCGACCAAUUUCAACCAUAAGCAACACAGCCAAUAUGGAUUAACUGGAAAAUGUGGUAGACAACAUCAUCCCAGAAGGUGUUUGCGAAAAAGAUGUGUCUUUAAAUCGGUUUUAAAGGACUCCAGUGUCUGUUUGUUUCUGAGAGCAACAGGAAGGGCAUUCCAAAUUGUUGGGCCAGCAAAUGUGUGAAAGUGCGCUUUCCGUAAGUCUCAAGGCGAACAAGUGGUGUCGAGAGUUUGCAAACACUGUUAGUCAUUAGUCAGUGAAAUCUUUAGUUAAUUAUUCAUGUUAAAACUUUGAAACUUCAAAAUAAUUCUUCCCAAACAAGUUGGGGGGGGGGGGGGGGGUUUGCCUUACAUAGUCUAUAACUAUAAUAUAAUAUAAUUGAUGCCUUACAUAUAGUGACCAGGUCAUCCAUAGCAUAUUUAUUAAAUUUAAUGAUAUUACAUAGCGACAUAGCUCGAUAAGUUCUUUUUGUGAUAUUUUUUAAAUUCUUUUAAUAAUUUUUUUUAACAAAGUACCUAAACAUAGUCUAGUAUGUAGGCCUACUGUUCUUCUUCUAUAUCUUAAGGGCCCACUAUCAAUUUAUUGAUCAUUUUGGCUCCUAUGCAUGUAGAUGGGAUUUGCAAUGUUUCUGUUACUGGUGUUGAUGAGGAAAUCAUGCACUAGGGGUUUGAAGGCUUGAGGCAAUAGACACAAAUGUGUCUAGUGUUGUCGCCUCAACCGUUCCUUUUGAAAGAUUGUUCCAGUCCCUGAUUGUCUUGGGCAGGAAUGAGCAGCUCCUAUACUGGCUUCUUGCUGGUAUGAGCCUGAAUUGCCUGUCAUGGCCUCGUCGCUGUCUAUGGGGGAGAGGGACGAGUUUCUGUUUAAUACUGGAACAGUGGACCAGCCCAUUAUUUAUCUUGUACAUCAUGGAGAGCCUGGAUUGUCGUCGUCAUUUCUCCAAUGGUGACCAGCCUAGUGUUUAUAGCAUGCUGCCAACACUAGAGGUAUUCCUGUAGCGGUUUAGGACAAAGCGUGCUGCUCGUCGCUGGACCGCCUCCAACCUGUCAAUGCUCUUCUGUGUAAAUGGGUCCCAGACUGAAGAUGCAUAAUCUAAAAUCGGACGGAUAAAGGCUUUAUAUGCUCUUUCUUUCACACAGGAGUUGCCAAUCUUUAGAUUUCGCCUUAAGAACCCUAGGGUCUUGUUUGCUUGGUUACAUACAUUGUUAAUAUGCUCGUCUCAUCGGACCUCUCUUUGAAUGGUAACACCCAGGUACUUUACGGAGGAAACUUGCUCAAGUUUAUGGCCGUACAGUUCGUAUUGGUAGUGUAGAAGAGUACAAUGGUCUAUUUUAUAAUUAUAAGGCAAUGUGUCGUAAAAAAAUUCUGGUUAGGGACUACUUGUUUUUAAUGCAUGAUGCUAGCUAAUGUAGAUGCUUAACUCCAGAUUCUUAAAAAAACAGUUAUAGUAAUUGUAUUAUUUUACGGAAAUCAAAUUAAAUCUGAUAUAAUAUAUAUGAUUUUAUGCCAGGUUAAGUAAUUGUAAUAAUAUUUAAGUACUUUUGUACAUUAGAAAUAAAUUUAAUAUACAAAUUAAAGAAGUAUUUUAAGUAUUUAUAUGUAUGUGAGAGUAAAAAUAUUGUAUAUCAUUUUGACAGUGAAAUUAUCAAACCCUAUUCUCGUUUUUUCCUGGAAUGCAUAAUAAUAGUUUUUCAUUUUUUUAAAACUUUUCGUAUAACUGAACAUUGCUAGUAAUAGUAGUAUUAUUGAACACAUCACCCGGACAAACAUUUACUACAAAUAUCCAAAGUACUAAUAAGCCAGUGGGAUUGUGUGUGUACAGACAUAUGCAGAUGUUCAUACCAUGAAGUAUCGUUCGGUAACCGGGACAAAAAUUGUUAAUAAAUUUGUUAUUUGUACAUUCUGUUUUAUUUUUUUUUGGAGUGGGAGACUUUAGAAAGUGUUGGGGACCCCUGAACUAAUCUGAAACAUUAAAACCUAACAUUUUGGUAUGUUUUGUUUAAUCAACUUGUAGAAAUCAACUGGAGAUGAAGGCAUAGCCAAAAUGGAUGCUCUAGUAACAGCCGUUGGUGUUGAUGAAGAAAUAAUAUACUCAAAAUCAACUGCUUUGCAGGUAGGAAUAUAGUACCUUGAAAAGGAAUUAAUUGUUCAGUUUCAGAAUGUUGUCUAUUCCCACUUUUAAGAAUACACUUUUAAUACUAACCUUUUUCUUUAAAAAAAAAUAAUUCAGACAUGGCUCUUUGGCUAUGAACUGACGGACACCAUCAUGGUCAUGUGCCAGCAAGUGAUAUGCCUGAUGGCCAGCAAGAAAAAAAUAGAGUUUUUGAAACAGUUGGAUAGCUCUAAGGAGAAUGACCAAGGAAUCCCUGCGCUUAAGUUGAUAACAAGAGAAAAGGUAAUUGACUAAUGACUGUGUAUCUAGAUUUCAUUGUCAGGCUUAACUUAGCUUGUAACACAUUCUUUAAAUAUUUUUGGUAACUUAUAGUUAGAGAAAAGCUAACAUAAAAUUUUUAAAGGAUAAUUUCAGAUAUGAAAGAAUGCCUGCAGAAUUAUUUUAUGUUUAAUGCCAUAUUGUGUUUUGAUUAAUUUUGAGACAUUCAACUUCUUAUAUUAUUAAAAGUAAAAUGCAGUUUGAAAGUUUUGAGUCCAGAUUUUAUUUAAAUGUCUAUGCACUGAUGAUAUAGAUAUUUUUACCAGUCAGUUUUUCUGUGUAAAAAUUGUUAUCGAAAAAUGGUACAACUGAAGCGUUUUACACGAUUUUUAUUAUGUUUCAGGGUGAUAAAGAGAAAGAUAAAGCAAACUUUCAAAAGCUUAUUGAGUAUGUUAAAAAAAGUAAAAAGGUGGGUUCUUUUAUCUAAUUAUUCAAUUAGCUUAUUUACAAUGAAUAUGCACUAAAUAACACCAGCUUAAAUUAAUGACCCAAGUUAAUCAAGUGCACUGUGAUCAUUUUAGGGGAAAACUGUUGGAGAGUUUAGCAAAGACAAAUACCCAGGGGAUCUUAUGGAAGGAUGGAGAAAUGCAAUGAAAGAAGCUGGAUUUGAAAAAGUAAGAUCUCAUAACUUAUUAUAUCAAACUCUUUUCCAUUUUUAGUUUAAUAUAAUUUUGUAUCUUUUUCACAUAUUUAAAAUUGGGUUAUUGAGAAUAUAUGCUUAAUAGUCCCAUGCUUUCUUAGUUUACAAUAUAAUUUAAUGUAUUAUUGUAUAACUUUUUACUGUGGGUUAACUUUAUUGUAAUAAGUGUGUGUUUCUGAAAGCAGAUAGUGUGCUACAUAAAUAUUUAAAAAGCUGCUAAUUUCUGAAUAUUUUAAAGUAAUGGUUCCAAAAUGGCAUUUUAGGUAGAUGUUUCAUCACAGUUUGCCUACAUUAUGGCUCCUAAGGAAGAAUCAGAAAUCAAAACAAUUCAGAAAGCCAGCCAGGUGACCUGUGAUGUAUUCAAUAAAUACCUGAAAGAACAAAUCAUGGAAAUUAUUGACGCUGACAAGGUAAUUGCUCAUAUUCAAAGAUUGAUAAAGAUUAUAAUAACAGACCUGUUUACUCUUACGAUUUUGGCGUACAAUGUACGAUUUUGAGAUGUCUUUUACGAUUGUACGCCGAGACCCGCCAAAACUACGAUUUUCAGAGAGCCGGUGAAAAAAAAAAAAUUUCCGAUUAAAAUUCGUUUGUUGAAGUUUUAGCCUUUUCCAAUAAAAAUCUGGCAGUGAAUGAAACGAGAAAAACGAUUGGUUGUAAUUUUUUUUAAAGUUGGGGCCAUCCUUCAUUAUAUUAUGUGCGCACUGAAAGGGGAGGUGGGGGUUGUUAAUGAAGGAGAGCUGCGGCAUACGGGACACAUGGGUGGGGGGUUGGUCGGAGUGUCAAAGGUUAUAAAAAUAUCACCGCAAAGUAUCGUAUUGAUGGUGAUGAUUGUCAUACUGUUGCUUUGUGUGUCACACUGACCUAGUUAGCUGCGUCACCGGUAAUAUUUAUACUAUUCACUGCCAUCCCCUUUGACUGCUACACAGCGUGUGACGUAGUUUUGUUCCCUUGAACCGCGGCGAUUGUGAAAAUGGGGAAAACUAGAGACGAUAUGGUUUUAAAAUAAAAUACAUGAUCCCACUGUUACUGCACUGGAACGUUGGAUGUGGACGUAUUUUAUCAGAGCUAGUCAGCGGCAUUUAAAAAAAUAUUGGUAGAACUGGCAAAGCAGCUCUUUACCCUCAGCGAUCGUAAUACCACAGUUUGGUAUCACUACUAAUACUGCCCCCCACCCCCACCCCUUUUUAAACGGAAAAAAAAUCAAACGACGGCUCAAUUUUUUCCCCAAUAAUGAGGGGGGGGGGGGGUUCUGCCCGGUGGAAAUAAUUACGUCACCAGCACGGAAAGAUGAAUUACUGACUACAGUGUGUUAUCAAUAUGUCAUGUUCAAUUUUACAACUACAGCCUACAGAAUACUUUUGUCAAAGCAUUAUUAGUAGCUUAUAUGAGUAGGCCUGUAUGCUUACUGCGAAAUCUUGUAAUAUUUCUUAUAGCCUUGAUAAUAUUAAUAAUAAAAGGCCUAAUUAAAAUUUGCGGAUUUCACAGAUUUUCAUAUGACAGUUGGCUCUAUAAGACCCUUUGUUUUACGUAAUAGUUAGAUGGUCAUUUGUUUUACGUAAUCGUAAGAUGGUCAUUUGUUUUACGUAAUCGUAAGAUGGUCAUUUGUUUUACGUAAUCGUAAGAUGGUCAUUUGUUUUACGUAAUAGUAAGAUGGUCAUUUGUUUUACGUAAUCGUAAGAUGGUCAUUUGUUUUACGUAAUAGUAAGAUGGUCAUUUGUUUUACGUAAUUGUAAGAUGGUCAUUUGUUUUACGUUGACAAAGUGCGGCUGGGGGGGGGGGUAUAAAUAUUUUAUACAACUUUUUAAUGUUUAUUUUGCGUACCACAUAUGUUAUGCAUGAAUGUCACAUUUCCCAAACAGCUUUGGCGUUCGAAUUUGGCUACAUUGACGGGUGUGCACAUUGCCUGAUUUUAAUGUUACCAUUAAUGGAAUCAGCGAUCCUUUUUAUUUUCGGUCCCCUAGUUUAGUUUACUUAGUGAGUAUUUUACGAUAUGGCCUCGACAAAAAGAAAUGCACGCGAAACCGAUGACGAAGAAGAAACUUCUACUUCUACCGAUAAACAUCAACUUCAACAAAAGAUAAAGAAAGUUGAUAGUCUUGCUUGAAUAUGAGACACAAUUUACUGUGUUGAGGUCUUCAUAGAAGGGUCCAUCAUACGCACUGCACAUUCUGCAAGUCGGACUUUUCAGUAGCAAUCAGAGGCAAAAUGAGUGGUGUGGAUUUAGAAGAUAGUGUGUAUGGCGCGGGUCUAAAUAUUUAAAUCUAUAAAAUCAACUCCGCCACCUACAUUUUCGUAAUGUCAGUUUGUGGGGUGUGGAAAGGGGGGGGGGGGAGGAUAUUCCUCGGCAGAAAGUACAUGCGGUAUUUAAAAAGACUACACUAUUCAUCCCGAAACUCUGAAAGUCCUAAAAUAGCACAUUGAUAUUUACCAGCCUAUGUUUGCAGGAAUUACCGUCGUGAUGUUGUCAAGAUGUAUUUUCACAAAUGAACUCGCUAGCUAUACCUAAACUCAGUAUUAGAGAAAUUACAGUAAUGUUUAGUCCACCGAAUGGUAAGGCCACGUGUUACGUAUAAUUCGGUGGGCUACGCCAGUGGUUCUAAAAUUUUCGUUUCCCUGCGCCUAUGCCACACUACGUUUUCACCAGGCUCCCUGUGUUGAAUUCUAUCAUGUACAAUUCGAAAUAGCGAAUACACAAAUAAAAUAAAGGUUGGAUAAAAAUAAAUAUAACGUGUAUGUAGGUCACUGAGCGCCAUCGGGAAAUGCAAACAGCAAUUGCUUAGUGAGUUACUGUUUGCACCACGACCGAAAGUUGUCACAUUGGUUUAAAAGUGAAAAUAAAAUAAUGAAUUCUUAAAAAUAUUUCGCAACGCCCCGAUGAGGAAGCCGCAGCCACCGAGGGCAACGAGCACCCAAGGCGAUGUGGCGUUUAUUCUGGGAACCACUGGGCUGAAUCACCAGUAGUGAAAACCCGUGUCACAUUUUGUUUACUGUAACAUCAUAAUAUACAAUGGAUUUUGUUAAGUUUAUGGGGGGGGGGGCUGGGCUGGUGUUUUAAAGCUCACUGUACCGUACACACAAAAAAGGUGGGGGUUCCAAUUUGUUACCGGGUAAUUCAUUCUUAAUUUAAUACAUUUUAUUUUAUGCUUAUCAGACGUCAAGUUUUAAUAUGUAUUAGCCGAUACACGUCUGCUAAACAAAGUGACCGCAGUUUGCCGUUAACGUCAGUCAUCUACUGUUUACCUACAGUUCCAUAUUUUGACGCCAGCUCAGCUCGAUUCCACUGAACACGCUAUAGGAGUAGUUAUUGUAUACAUUAUAUAUACUGUAUUUUUAUUUAUUUACUAUCAAAAUACUGCAUUGUACGAUUUUGAGACCAUAUUGUACGAUUUUAGGAGUUUGGGGGUAAACAGGUCUGUAAUAAACUUUGUGUGAUCUCUUUAGAUAAAAUGUAACCAGGUAAUUGUUAAAAAAAUAAGCGUGCAACAUUUUUUAAUCUGUCAUGGCACUUCACAGCUAAAAAGAAAUAUAUUUGGAACAUUUUAAUUUUUUAAUAUUAUAAUUUUAACUGUACCAUCUACAUACUUAACAUUGACGAAUGAAGAUAAAAAAUUGCAGUAAAGUUUCUGAAUACAGACAUAAAACAGAAAACUAAUUUCUUAUAAAUAACUCCAAGGACUUAAUUAAAUAACAGGUUAUAUAACUAAGCGUGAACACUUGUAUGUUGAGAAUGUGAAUAGUUUUGUGAAUGACUUAAAAAGACUCAUUGUCGUUUUGACAGUCUUGAUUUUAGAAAUAUGCAUGGCAAGAUGCAUCUGUUUAACAACAAUAGUAUUUCACAGAAUUUUCCAUUAUUCACUGGAUAAAACGUGAUGUUGUUAUUAAAAAGUGAAUGCAUCCAAGGCUUCUGGGCCUGACAAAUUUAAGAGAUCCUGAGCAUCAACAUACUCACCACAAACUGACAUCACCGAAGUUGCAAGGUGUCCAGUUGAAAGAGCUGGUCCUUCGAAAGUCACAAUGAAUCUGAUUAAAUAAAAUUUGGCAAAGAAAGCAAUGUGAGAGAAAAGCGGCUCCUUGGGCAAAGUCUGAAUAUAGAAAAUUGUACAGCCACGAAAUUGACAAGUGAAAAGCGAUACUUAGUUACAAGCUUUAUUAUUUGGUGUGAUGAAAAUUUUCUUAAAUGAAUUUCUCAAAAACUAAAGAAAUGGUUAUCGAUUUCCGAAAGGGAAUCACCCAAUUGCAGAUCUCACAAUAAAACAUCAAAGUAUAGAGCAAGUAGAAACAUAUAAGUACCUAGGUGACAAGCUGACAUGGCAUGAACAUUACCAAAUUCUGUAUAAGAAAGUCAAAGACUUUUCUAUCUUUAAAAAAAUGUACAAUUUUCGGCACAAAAAAACAAGUUAUUAACUUAUUCUACAGAAAGCCUCCUAAACUUUAGUAUUACCUGCUAGUGUGGGAAUUGUCUGACAUCAAACACAGAGAAAGCUAGUAAUAUCAUACAAACUUGCCAUCCUUCACAUGAAGAACUAUUUGAUUAAAAAUGCUGUUGUAAAACUAACGAAAAUUUGGAUGAUAUAUCCCACCUUCUUCACCACAGAUACCUAAGGGGCCAUCCAUAAAAGACGUCCACCAAUUUUUUGCUAUUUUUUAAACACCCCCCCCCCCCUUCCCCUUUGUCCACUUUUGACUAGACACACACACACACACACCCCACCCCCCUUGUGGACGUCCAAAACAUAAAAUUUACCGAACUUAAAUUAAUGAAUAUUUUGGGAAAAUGUACAACAAUAUAAAGAGUAUGUAUUUACAAAGAUUUUUUUAACCGAACUUAAAUUAAUGAAUAUUUUGGGAAAAUGUACAACAAUAUAAAGAGUAUGUAUUUACAAAGAUUUUUUUUAGAAAUUCCAAUUAUUUGCAGGCAAAAUUCUAAAUGAAAUAAUAACUGUUCAAAAACAUUUUAUUGAAUCACUGUAUUAAAAAAUGUAAUAAACAAAUAAUCCACCAUUCUUCAAUCAACGGAAAAUUCGGACUGCAGCCAUUCAAACAUGUUUCGUAUAAUGACAACAUCUGUUCUUGAGUCUUCAAUUGCUAAUUCAAUUUGAGUGGCAGUCUCUUCGUCUGAUUCGUCUGCCAUAUUAUGUUCACUAGCAGGAAUAUUGCAAUGGACGACCUUAUGUUUUUUCAUUGCCACCUGUGAUGGGUAAUAUUUACCGCAGAAACAUAUUCUCUUGGAAAUUCUCCAGCCACCUUUGGACAAUAGAGAUCAAAAGGCAUGCUACUGUAACUGAUCGGGCAGUCAAUUUGCAGUAAAUUUAUGCAAAACUGCUGUACUCAAAAAAACACUACAAUGUGGACAUCCACUUUGUCCUAAACCCCCUCCCCCCCUUUGUCCACUUUAGUCCACUUUUUGCUGAACCCCUCCUCCCCCCUUUUGUGUGGACGUCUUUUAUGGAUGACCCCUAAGUUCAAGACAAAUUGGUUCUCUUAUAGUCAGGACCAAAAAGAUAUAAAAAUUCUUUUAUUCCCCUGUGUGUACGAAUGUACCUGCGUGCUCCCCCAGCAGUUAAUCAAAGCUAAAUGAUCUCUAAUUAAGUCGUUAUUGUCACUACAGGAGUGCACUGAUGGCUGAUUUCUACGCUAGAGAAAUACUUAAGAUGUAUUGUGUUUAAAUUGUUAAAUUGUAAAAUAUUGUCUGGGUUACCAUAAUAUGUAUUUAUUUAUGUGCUGAAAAUGAAUAUGUGAGAUCUGUUAACCCUCAAACUCUUAAAAUCAUACAAUAUCAUCACAAAAUCGUUCAAUACAUUAUCUUAAUAGUAAAAAAUAAACAUACAGUAUAUAUAAUUGUACACCUCUAAAUCGUACAUUGUAUGCCAAAUUCGUAAGAGUAAACAGGUCUGAAAUUACAAUGUAAUAAAAUAAAAAAACUUUCCAUUUAUCUGGAUAAAAAAAGAACCUAUACUCUCACAUAACAUGUUUUUUAACUUUAUUUAAAUGCUACUUUAAAGUCUUUAUUAACUCCAUACAGAGAUGAUGAUAUUCUGGACAUAAUUUUAUUUUGUUCAUGAUUUUCAUCUUCCAUUUAAAUGUUCCACAGAAAGUGAAACACAUUAAACUCUCGGAUGGUGUGGAACAAGCCUUACAAAAUAAAAAGUAUGUGUCUGGAGUUGACACAAGCCAGCUUGAUGUUUGCUACCCAGCAAUCAUUCAGAGUGGAGGCAAAUACAGUCUCAAAUUCAGCACAACUAGGUUGGUAAUCUGCACUUCAUUUUGUGAAGAGUACUUUCUCAUGUUUGGGCAUGUCAUGACUUGAUUUUUUGAAGGUACUUAAACUUAUCGGCAUUAACCCACGAAUUGUCGUCGGCCAAUCUUCUCUUCCCAAACCGUGUUGGCCGAUAAAAUUGACUGAUAAAAAUUGUGUUGGAAUAAUAAGUUCCAGUCCAAUAUUUUACACCAAAUAAAACUAAUUCCUUUUAUUAAUAAAUAAACUUCUGUUUUUUGCUCUUCUGUGUCCUUUUUUUAAACUUUGGAGUUAUUUUUACAACGAUCUUUAUCUAGCAAAUUUAUGUCAGUAGAUUUUCGCGAAGUGGAUGAGGUCAUAGCUGGACCAUCUGGCUUACAAAAUAAACCAGUUAGGAAUCAUUUUGAUAAUUCUUUUCAGUUAAUGACUUAAGUGAUUCAGAAGAUUAUUUCCCGAUCACACACAAAGACAAAGAUAAUUCUGAUUAUUUUUCUAGUGGGUCAGAAAGCGAAACUUCGGAUAAUUUAGACCUAGGCCUAGAACGAGUAGGCGUUGCUGCAACAACAGGACUCGUUCAAAACUAUGUUGCAGAAGAUUUUGUACCAACAAAAAUAAUUAGAUGUUCUAUGUUUUCUUAUAUUUCAUUUUAUGGAUUAAAUAUUUAUAUAGAAGCUUUGUAAAUUGUAUCUCUUUCUUGCUAUUUAGUAAUGUUUAUAUUGUUGUGCUUGGUUACUUGAAAGUAAUUAUAGGUAUCAAAAGAAAUUUUAAAAAAAAAUCUAUUAGUAACUACAACAUAUAAAAAUUAUACAUUUUCUGAAAGAUGAAUAAAAAUGUGAUCAUAUUAUAUAAACAUUAUAAUAAUAUGCCUUUAAAAAAAACACUAAAGAAGGUUACUGUCUUUGAGGUACUUGAAAGAAAAUUUUUCUACUCCAAAGUCAUGGUCACAGUCAGCAAGUAUAAAAGAUCAUUAGAAAAUAGCCAGUAUGAUUCCCCACUCAGUCUAAUUUUAAAAAAUACAUACUUUGUGGGGUCUAGCUUUACUAUUUUCAUGUGAAAAAUCACAUUUUUCAAAGGCACCCAAAAAGCUUUCAAUUGCCCGCACAGUACAGAAACAUACAAUGGACAGUUCGUUGGUUAAAUUAUAUUAUAGAUUGAGAGAAGGGAAUAGAAAAGUUGGCACUGCUUUAACUGAACCUAACAUUAGCACUUUUUUAACCCAAACUUACAUUAGCACUGAUUUAACCCAACCUAACAUAAGCACUGAUUUAACCCAAGCUAACAUUAGCACUGCUUUAACCCAACCUAACAUUAGCACUGCUUUAACCCAACCUAACAUUAGCACUGCUUUAACCCAACCUAACAUUAGCACUGCUUUAACCCAACCUAACAUUAGCACUGCUUUAACCCAACCUAACAUUAGCACUGUAAUAACCCAACCUAACAUUAGCACUGCUUUAAUUAAACCUUACACGUGGAAUAUUUAAGGAUGCAAAAGUAAAUUUUCCACUUAUGCUUUAGGGGGUGCUUUUCAUUUUGAUGCUGAAAAGAUGCCAUGUGUUUGUUAUCAUAAACUUGCAUACACACUAGAUUAAAUAGCAGUUCAUGUUUUGUUUCAGUGAUGAAAAUAACCUCCAGUUUGAUGCCAUUGUAUGCGCCAUGGGUGUUCGCUAUAAGUCCUACUGCUCAAAUAUUGUACGGACACUGCUCGUCAAUCCCGUAGAACCCAUACAGAAAGUGUACGAGUUCCUUGUUCAAGUUGAAGAGGAGGUCAUCAAUAAAUUGCAACAUGGUACGCACCUGUGUCACUUGGAUCUUUAUUUUACUUGAUAUAUGAAAAUUAAUAUUUUUCAAGAUUCUAUUUGUGAUAUUUUGGGGAUUAAACCAAAACCAAUAAAAUUAGUGAUUUUCCAGAUCUACAUACUUAAGUUUAUAAAUUUGAACAAAAAAUUUUUUCUUUACACAAAGGUGUAAAAUUAAGUGAUGUUUAUGAUGCUGGACUUGCUUUUGUGAAGAAAGAGCACCCAGAGCUAGAGAGCAAGAUGAUCAAAAGCUUUGGCUUUGGUAUGGGCAUUGAGUUCAGAGAAGCCUCCCUUCUCAUCGCACCUAAAACAAGAGCACCGGCAAAGAAAGGUACCUUAUAAAAUUAAGGCUGUAUGAAAGUUACUGCGCUGUUGUCUUAAACUUCUUUUAUUUAUUUUUUAAAUAAUAUGAGAUCUUACUUAAUGUUAUGUUGAGUCGGGUUUGUAAUGGUAAAUAAUUUUUCACUAACUUUCAGGUAUGGUUUUUAAUGUGAGUAUUGGCUUCGCUGACUUGUCUUCUGGCUCGAAUGACAAAGGUGAUAAAAAAGCCGCUUUGUUUCUGGGAGACACAGUUCUGGUGAAUGAGGUGAGAUCUGGGCAUUACAUUUUGUGUGUUUUUAAUUCACAAAUUUUGAACAUUUAUGGAUCAGAAAAGUGAUUUUAAACUGUGUCUUAUUUGAACUAAAUAACCAGGGUUCCCGCGGCCUCCUGAAAUUCCAGGAGCUCCUGGAAAUCUCCUGGAAUUUGAAAACAAAUGAUAAAAUCCUGGAAAACUCCUUAAAUUUUAAAAUUUCUCCUUAAAUGUCCUGAAAUUUUUGUUUCCACAGAGGGAGGGGUAAAAAAAAUCUUGGUCGCGAUAGUUAUUUUAUAAAUUAAUAUUACCGCUAUAUUCAAUGCGUAGUCUAUUUUUAGCCAUUCAUUUAUCAAAACGAGUUUGCCAUAAUAAUUCUAGUGGUUUCCCCUUAACUGCGCAUGCGCUUUACGAGUUUCGGAUAAGAAAUGUCGUACCGUAAUGCUUUGAUAGACAAGAAGUUUUUUUCGUUCCGUUCAGUUUGCCGUUCAACUAAUUUAUUUGGUAAGUAUAGUGUAAAAUACAGUAAAUAGAUAUUUAUCUGUAGUUAUUUAAAUUUUUGGUAACUAUUAUUAGUAUUAUGAAUAGAAAACUACGCGCCCGAUCGCUGUAUAAUUUGACUAAGCUUAGCCUAUUUUUUUUUUUUUAAAGUUGAAGUUUUUUUAGUUUUACCGUAGGUUGUCCAAACUGGAGAAAGCGUAGUUUUAGUUUUGGGGUCAUUUUCCGAAGUUUUCAAAAACAAAAAUUAACUUACUUAUAUAGUAGUUUUAAAGGAGUACAAUUGAUAUGAAUAUGUGAAUAAAGUUUAAGUCUUUAUCUGACGAAUUAUCUUACUUUUAUGUCUUUAACACGAGUUUGAAAAGUAUCAGUUUUGACCAUUAUAUUAUACGGCUAUACGGCGUUUUCGCGAGUAUGGUGUUGCAGACGCUCGCGGCUGUUACAGUUUGCAAAGAAGAUGAAUUUGAUUUUUAUUUAUAAAUAUUAACAAAAGGUAGUAAGUAGUAGGCCUUUUUUAAUAACAAUUUCAAUUAUAUUGACACAUAUUUUUUUAAACAUAGUUUAUAGUGAGUGCUAGGCCUUUUUGCAAGUUAAGUUUAGUUAAUAAAAAAGUGGUUGCUUAGUCGCUGACCCAUUCCCCUGUUUAAAAUCCGGUCUAAGCAGUUACAUAGGCAUAUGCCUAUAUUAGUUUCUCUUCUGACUCUGUAUUAUUAUUAAUUUAGUACCGGUAUAACUUAUAAUAUAGUCAAUAUUAUAGACCUAAUAUGAUAAUAAAUUAAUUCUAUUUUAUUUCACUAUUCAAGGUCUAGGGUAAAUAAAUGCCCAACGGUUCCUUUGAGGACUGAUAAUUAAGAUAGCAAUACUGAUUGAACCAGCCAUCACUGCUACUCUAUACUAGAUAUUGACUCUGAACUGAGUCAAUCCCAAGCUAGUGGCUAGUGUACUGGAGUUCUAUCCCCAGAAAAUGCCUAGACAAGCAAAAACAUCACCAGCAUGCCGGGUAGAUGGAACUCGUUAACUUUGAAUGGCAACUCAACUUGGAGAAGGAAAACUAUGAAAUCAAACCCGGAGAUGGAGACCCGUAGACGUUAUGACAUUGACUCAAUGAAAAUUCUGACAAAAUCCUAUGACGUAGAAAGCAUAAAGAGCAUAGUGAAACACACACACACUCAAUCUGGUAAUCUACUGCAUCCUGAUCUAUAUCCAGUCGUCUUGACUAAUCUUACCAUUGAAUCAAAUAGGCAACGACGAGAGAGUGGCUCUGGCGAAUUGAGCAACUCUCCCUAAAUUUCAACAAAAUACAGCUCACGUCAAGGCUACUGCUCCAGUCUUAGGGAUCUUUAUGUGUACAGGACAAAACAAAAAUACUGUAAAUAUAUGAAAUAUAUUUGCAGGACAGUUCUCCGAUGCCAUGAAAAUUAGGGGAAAAUGAUCAACAAUGAUAAACAACAAUCAUCUGAGUCUUCCUCUAGUUCAACUUCAGUUUUUUCACCUACCUCGGGUGUCCACUUUUGCAACUUCCUAGUCAAGCUCCUAGGUUAUGUGUAUCUUCGGAAAUAAAUAUGACUUACUUGUGAAUAAAAUGGAUUAUCUUAUAACUUUAUUAGUUGUUUGUUAUCCAACAUCAAGUGCAUCUUAUUCUUAUUAAAAACCAAGUUACUCAAUUGUAUGUGAACUCGGGGCCAUAAUAUCUAUACUGGUACAUACCUAAAUCAAAUAAUUGCUAUAGCAUUGGCAAUCCUUAGAAUAUGUACCGGUACUAUAUAAGUGCAUUUAUGUCCUGUUACUACAAAAAAAUUGUAUAAGCGUAUAGGGUCUCUCCGUUUUUUACUCUUUAAAAAAUGUCCUGGAAUUUUGUAUUUUCUCCUGGAAAACUCCUGGAAAACUCCUGGAAUUUGUUUUUAGAUUUGGUGCAGGAACCCUGAAUAACACAAUUAUCUAUAAAAAAAAAUAAUAUUCUAAAGUAAGCCAAUUUACACUAAUUCUAUUUUUAGUUAUGUGCAAAAAUAUGAAAUAACUGAUGGCCAUGGCGUAUAUGAAAUAACUGAUGACGAUUGCUAAUUUUUGUAUCUGGAUUCAUGCUAUCUUUACAAUUGAAAAUGUCUGGAUGUCUGCAUAGGGUGCGCCUGCAAGUGUACUUACAACAACAAAGAAAUUACUCAAACAUAUUGGCAUCUUUUUGAAAGAUGAUGAUGAGGAUGAAGAAGAGGAAGAGGACAAUGAAAUAGAAAAAGAAGCAAAUCAGCUGAUGGGGAGGGGCAGAAGGACUACAAUGGUGGAAAGCAGAACCAGGGUAAAUUGUAUUUUGUGUGAUUUGAAAGGUUACUGUCUUUAUUGUUAAUUUGGGUCGUGGUUAUGGAGCAACCUGACAAUUCUGGGGUCCAAUAUGAGGACAUUUAUGUACAGCUAUGGGAUCCAAUAUAAAAUAUGUCCACUUAUGGGGUCCAAUAUGAGGACAUUUACGUACAGCUAUGGUAUCCAAUAUAAAAUGACAUUUAUGUACAGUUAAGGGAUCCUGUAUAAAUUAUAAAUGGACACAUUUAACUUUUAUGUACUUCUUUGGUUUGUUACCAUUGAAUAUUGUUUUAUGUUGAUUGCCCUCAUUGUUUAAUAAUUUAUCCUCAUAAUCUUUCUGUUAUAUUGCUUUAAUAAUCAUUUUAAACAUGAUCGUGUACGAUGAUAACUGUUUUUCAAUACAUGCAUAAUUUAGUCUCUGUUUGGUUACAUUGCUCAUGGAUAAUAUAAUUGUGAAAUCAUUUUAUUGUCCUACAUUAGAAGUUAAAUUGUGUUUUAAAAGACUAGUGUAAUCAGUCAUAUGUGUGUUUUUAACCCAGACUGAAGCACCAUCUGAAGAGAAGAGACAGCAGCAUCAGAAGGAGUUGGCCCAGAGAUUAAACGAGGAGGCUAGGGAGAGACUCAGGGGAAUUAAAUCAGGAGGAGAAGACAAAAAGUCAGGGAAUUGAAUAUAUAUUUGUAAAGAAGAUUAAUGAAAAAAAAUUUGUUUAAAUAAAUCAAUAAAGGUUAAGCCUUAAUUAUGGUUAGUAAAACACAUUUAUAAUUAGUUAAUUCAUUUAUGAAUGUUCUUGGCAAAAUGUAACACAGGACUAAUUCAUCAGUAAUUUGACUCUUUAAAUUUAUAAUUACAACCAAGCAAAGGGAAAAGAAAUCUUCCUGUCUAUCAAGUUGAAAUUCACGUAUAAUACUACUGAUUACAAAUUUUAUAAAUGCUUCCAAAAGAAGUGUGAAUGUCAAAAUUUUGUAUUCAUAAGUACAUUUUAAAAAAUUUAAUGUUAUUUUAUAUAUUUUGUUUUCAGGUCUAGAAAGUCCAACAUUUCUUAUAAAAACCCCAAUAAUUUCCCAGAAGAGGCAGAAUGUAGAGAUUUAAAAUUGUUUGUAGGUCAGUAGGAUUUUCUUGAUUUGACUUCUGAUACCUUUUUCUUCCUUUCCCGAAAUGCUCGAAACGGAAGCUAAAUUGAAUAAUGUAGAGUUAAAGAUAACGGUCACUUGUAAAUAAAAUAAUUGUUACCUGAAUUCUGAAAUUACAACACAGCAAUAUUAAAAGUAUAUAAAUGUUGGCAAAAUUAAGGUCAUGAGUUCGUUACAUGUAGACACAGAAACACACACUGGUUUUUCAUAGGAUUUUUUUUAAAGGAAUAAUUACACAUAAUUUUUUGCUUAUUUCAGACAAGAAAUAUGAAACAAUUGUUUUACCUAUAUUUGGGAAUGCAACCCCCUUUCAUAUCUCCACAAUCAAGGUUAGCAAUUCUUAUUGACUUACCAUGAGAUUACAAAUUUGCUAUCAAAUUUGAACCAAAGAGUUUUAUCUUGAUAAAUAUAUCAUUUAGUUGUGAUUUGUCAUAGAUGUCUUGGAUAUUUCUUAAGAUCUAGUUAAAAUAAUUUAUUAUAAUUUUAUAUUAUUAUGGUGAGGCAUCAUAUAUUUUCAGCCUCUUAUCUUGAUCAUACUUUACAUUUUCUUAUUUCAAAUAGAAUAUCAGCCAGUCUGUGGAAGGAGAGUACACAUAUUUGAGAAUCAACUUUUUCCACCCAGGCUCCACACUAGGCAAAAAUGAAGGAAAUUUUCCUAACCCUGAUAUGACCUUCCUAAAGGAAAUGUAGGCUUUAAGUUAAACAUAAAAAUAAGUAAUGGUAGUUAUUCUUUUAUAUAUCUGUGAGCCAAUCAUUAUUUUAAAAGGCUAAAAUAAAUGAAACACAAUGCAUAAAUCUAAGACUCUGAAAUAUAUCUCUAAAAUUUUUCCCUCUUUUAAACAGCACAUAUCGCAGCUCUAACACCAAAGAGCCCGGUGAGAUUUCUGCACCAUCUUCAAACCUUAACACAGCUUUCCGCCUUAUUAAAGAAGUGCAGAAAAAAUUCAAAACACGAGAAGCUGAAGAAAGGGAGAAAGAGGUAUUUUAUGGAGCUUUUAAUUUACCCAUGAUUUUCUGCUUUGGUUGAUAAGCAUUAGGACAUUUUAAAAAAUGAUCAUUUUAAAACCAUAGAACAUAGUUUCAAUGUUAGACAGAUUUACAGUAGAUUGUUCUUUUAAUGAAAAGCAGGUCCUGUGGCCUUUUGAUGAGAUGCAGAUCCUCCCACUGAAAUACAGCUUUAAAUGUAUAGAAAAAUUGUUGAAGGUUUAGUUCUGUUUUCCCAUUAGGGCAUUGUGAAACAAGAUACUCUGAUCAUCAACCCCAACAGAGGUAACCCCAAACUAAAAGAUUUGUACAUCCGACCCAACAUCGUGUCAAAGAGAAUUUCAGGAACAUUGGAGGCUCACACAAACGGUUAGUUUUUAUUUUCAAUAGCAAGCUACGUUGUUGGUCGUAAAUCAUUCCUGUACAUGUGUAUUUUAAAUUAUUUCACGUGAUAUAUUGUAAUUAAUAUGACCAAAAGAAUCUUUCUUUACUGUUUUGCCUUUUCUGAGAUGGUUUUAGAUUUGUGUUGUUGAAAUCAUCUGAAUAGGUUUCCGCUUCACAUCUGUGAGAGGAGACAAAGUUGACAUCCUCUACAACAACAUCAAACAUGCCUUCUUUCAACCAUGUGAUGGAGAAAUGAUAAUUCUGCUUCAUUUUAACCUCAGAGUAAGCAUUUCCCCCAUAGACAUGACAAACAAUUGGAUGACACCUCUUUUGAAGCUGUCAUUUAUUGUGACAGUUUUCGUGCAACCUGUAGUUCGGUGCUUGGUUUCUUUAAAUUAAUAAAAUAUUUUAAGCAUUCUUUUAAAUACAUAAUACUAGUUUUUUUUUUUUUUGGUUUCAACCCUAAAUUCACUCUAUAUCCAAAUCCACAUUAUAAUGAAGCCAUGUUAUAAAAUAAUCAUAUUCAUGAAACAUCUUAUAAUAGAAUUUGCAACAAUGAGGGUCCAGUUAAUAUUUCUUUUUCUUUUUUUUCUCAUUUUAAAUUGUGCAAUAAAAUCUCAAAAUCUCUUUCUAUUCAUCUUAGAUUUUAUUUAGUCUUCGUAAACUAGUUGUUUAUAAUAAUUACUGUGGAAGAAAGAGAAAAUAUGAAAGUGUUUUAUAUUUAUUAGUACUGUUAUUUUCAAUCACAACUCUAGAACGCGAUAUUGUUUGGUAAAAAGAAACACAUCGAUGUUCAGUUCUACACUGAGGUGGGAGAGAUAACCACAGAUUUGGGGAAACAUCAGCACAUGCAUGACAGGGAUGACCUCCAUGCUGAACAAGUAAGUUUUCCAUUUUCAAAGUAUCAAAUAUGAAUGACAUAUGUAAUUAAAAUAUCAAAAUAUACAUUAAGUCUAACAUGAAAGAUUCAUUGAGGAUGUUCAGGAAUUGGCAUUUCAGUCAUUUAUAUUAGUCAAGGCCUAUAAGAUAGUCAUUUAAUACAGUGGUCUGCAAAUCGCGGCUCUUUAGCGACCUGAGUGCGGCUCAGCCACAAAUUUGUUUUUACUCCGAAAAACAUGGUUCUUGAAAAGAAAUUUAGUUCUCAACAAAAUUUUGAUCGUCCUGCUGAUUUUUGGUUCUUUUGAGUUUCCCAACCACUGAUUUAAUAUAAUAAUGUGGUAGCAAAUUGAGAUAAUGUUAUACUUAUUUCUUUGACAUGAUCCUCUCAAGUAUAAUAGUCAUUUUAUGUUUUGUAAUAUGUCAUUAGGCUGAGCGUGAAUUGAGGCAAAAGUUGAAAUCUGCAUUCAAAAGCUUUUGUGAGAAGGUAGAAGGCAUCACCAAACAGGAAGUAGAAUUUGACUCCCCCUUCAGAGAUCUGGGCUUUUAUGGUGCACCAUUCAGAAGCACAGUUUUGCUUCAGCCAACUAGUGGUUGUCUUGUUAAUCUCACUGAAUGGGUAUGUCAUUAGACUGUAUCUUUACUGAAUGGAUUAUAUCAUUAAGCUGUAUCUUUUUUUUUAAAGCCAUCUAAAAAAUACCAAAUUUCUGUUUUCAGCAUUUGUCAGAAAAAAAUGUUGAGAAUCAUGUGUGAAAUGAGAGACUAUUACCAAAAUAAAACCAUUUCUAUACUAAAAAAUUUUGUUGCAAUGAUUGUUUUAUCUAUCUGAUAAGCCACACAACUCAAAAUUAAAUCUUGGAUUUUACUGGUGUAUUAUUCAAUUCUUGUCCUGGAUUUCAAUGAUUCAACAAAUUUUUCCCAAAGUUGUUAACCUAUUAUGUUAUAGAUAAACAACAUAUUUCAAUCACUAAUUGGUUAUUAUUAUGAUGCAAAAUCUACCAAUAAUAAUAAAAAAAACAAAAGCGACCUUUAGCAGUGCUUCUCAAAUUUGGGAAAUUAUAUGACAAUGGCGAUCACUUAUGAUUUUAACUAGUUUCUAUUUUUUGUCAUUAUAUCAUUUGUCCUGUCUGCUGGGAAGGGUCUUAGCCGAAACGUUCUUAUCUUAUUGUCCUGUCUUUCAAAACAAGCUUCCACAUACCUUGUUCUACUAUUUCCUUCACACGGCUUAAACACAGUCCUUCAUUUAUUAUCCUUAUUCUCACAUUUAGAGGGCUACUGACGUUUUAGACUUCAUGUUAACCCUUUAAUAAGGCAGCUCCCUUGUUUGGAGUCUCUAAUGGUCAAUGACCUAGUUCUCUUUUAAUCAAUUUACUGCAUGUUAAUCCUUUGAUAAAACCAACAGAAAAAGUUUGUUUAUCAAUGCAUCUCAAAUUGUUUCUCUCAGCCUCCCUUUGUGGUUUCCCUUGAGGAUAUUGAGCUUGUCCACUUUGAGAGAGUGUCAUUCCAGCUCAAGAAUUUUGACAUGGUUUUCAUCUUCAAAGACUACAGUAAAAAGACAGCCAUGAUCAAUUCCAUAGCCAUGAACAUGCUGGACCAUGUCAAGGAGUGGCUCAAGUAAGUGUUUAGUUUUUUUUAAUCUCGCCAAGUGUAUCACUAUCUCCGGUCAGUGCCCAUAUUAAAUUCGGACACGUUUACAACAAAAUGCAUAAUACAGUUUGUUAUCUUAUAUACUACAAACUUUGGCGUAUUAGUGCAAUGCUCACUGUCAUAUGAAUGAUGUUACGCACUGGCUUGUAUUGGGAGAAAUUAAUCUCCUAUUUUAAUUUUAAUUGGCUCGUUGUAACCAGUGCCUAACAAAGGACGAUACCAUAGAAUCAACAAUAUUAAAGAUACUACCCAAAACAGUUUCUAGUUACAAUUAAUACGAUUUAUUAAGUCUUAAGAUAAUUACAAAAGAAAAUAUAAUUACAAUCUUCAACUUACAGUAUGGUAGAUCUUCUACCGGUACACAGUUAACACAGUUAGAAUAAUGUGCCAAUAAAUAAUGCGAAAUAAACACAUAUGAGCACACAAAUACACAAAGAAUAAAACACGCCUCGUAAAUUUAAUAAAAUCUAUCUAAAUCUCCGUCCCUUCGUAUCUGUCAAUCCUUUAUAUACAUGUAGCGUAAGACGCUUCCAGAAGGACCUAUGACGUGUUGUUUACAUAUCUCGGGUUAAGGAUUACAUUCGAGAAGAUACCCGGAGACAUUCUACCCAAUGCAUAAUUGGAAGCCGAUUGUAAACAAGAUACAUCAAAGAGAUUUAACCACGCCCACAACAGACGUUACUGUCUGCUAGGAGUGUACUACGAGGUCGAGGAAAGUUCACACACAGGAAAUUGUGCUACAUAACAAUGACAUUAAGAUUUUCUGCCCUUGCAUUUUUUCCCACAUCUUAUAGUUCUUGUGACAUUUGAUACACUGAAUCUGGCUGCUUUUAGUUUAAUAGUAUUUCAAAUCUCCCUCUAGUUCUUGUGACAUUCGAUACACUGAAGGUGUCCAGAGUUUAAACUGGGCAAAAAUCAUGAAAACCAUCACUGAUGACCCUGAGGGAUUUUUUGAUAAUGGCGGCUGGACUUUCCUUGAUCCAGACAGUGAGGUAAAAAAAAAUUGGUUUGUUUCAUAUGAUUUUAAUGAAUGUGAAGAACAUUUUAAAAUAAUUUUUUUUAUUAUUUAAGGAAAGAACUUCAUAAAAGCAUGUGUCAAGGUGAUUCAGUUAUCCUAAUAAUGGUGGCACUUUAUAUUAGCUAUUGGAGAGAUAAAAAAUAAAGCAACUGAAAAAUUACAGUUGUUAAUAAAAAAUGUUAUUUUGAAAUGCUCAUCCUCAAAUACUUGGAGGAUGUUGAUUGGAUAGCUAUCGCUAAUGUACAACUAUUACACUGAGCGGUGUAAUGUUUGGCAAGCAAGGAUAAACUCUUUUUCUAACUUGUAUAAUUGUUUGAUUGGCUUGAUGCUUUUCUCUUGGUUUUUGGGGAUCUUCAACAAAAUCAAGCCAUAAUUACCUUAUCUGGCUACAACAUAAACUUAUUCAACUCAGCGCAACAUAUUUGCUAUUUUUUGAGAAAUAGUAUAAAAGGGAUUAUUUUGAGAAUAUUAUGUACUAAAUCUAUCCUCUGGACCAAUUGUGACAGUUGAUUAAGCAGUUGAAUAGAAAAAUAUGGAUCAUCAUCUGAUAUUUAUUUCAUUUAAAUAGAUUUUUUCAUGUAGCUUUUUUUAAAGUUCAGAUCCUAAACAUUUAAGUGUUAAAGUGUUACCUUUAUGACAUGACUAUCUUUGCUUUUAUUUCAAAACUAUUUUGAUGAUGAUUCCUCCAAGACAUGUACCUUUUCUGGAUCACAAAAUUUCAUUUUGUAGUGUAGUUCCAGAUAUUUGAGUUUCUACAGAAUUUACAUUGCAGUGCCACAAGUCUAAGCAAAAAAAAUUCCUUAUCUCAACUGCUUGUCCUGUUAGAGGUCUGACACAUUUGCGACUGUUCACAUCGUACGCCCAUUAUUGCAAUGGUUCCCCCCUAAUGUGUCACAAGACCAGUUUUUUUUCUAAUUAAUAAAAAAGUAAAUAUUUCCUUAUUCUUAAUAACAAGAGUAUUUAUUUAUGUUAUAGUUGUCUUCAUCUAUAUCUAUUACUUCACUAAACUUAAAAUGGCAUGUUGUUGUAUUUUAAAACUUUUUUUUACCACAUUUAAAUAUUGAUUGUAUAUAUUGUUUGAUGUUUUAAUUAUGUAUGUAGAUUUCAGAUGUUUUUUGCCCUGCGUUGCUAAUAACUUAUUUUGGUUUCUUUUUUUUUUCCAUUCUUCUGUUUUUGUGAUUUUAUAGGGCGAUGUAAGUAAACACCUGCUCAUUUUACUUUUCACUUCUGGUCUCGGUAGAAGUGGGCUUGAAACUGUAACCUUAUAUAUUUCUUUAGAGACUGCUGUUUCUUUGAUUAAAUUCAUUUAUUGUCACUAUAACUUUAUGUACCAGCACCAAAGUAAAACUUCUAUGUAUGGGUUUUAUUGAAUAGUUUUGAUAUUUUAUAUAAAACAAAUGGAAUUCUUCUGAAACAUCUGGAAAAUUUGCUAAAUGUAUCAGGGUGUACAUCAGUAAACCUCAUCAGCACUUGGAGAAAAUGGGAACUCAAUUUUUUCUUAUUUGCUUUGCACAUAAUCCAUAGUUUAGUUUAAAUUUACACGGCUACAAUAUUAUAUUUGAGUAAUAGAAUUAUGUUUAAAGUUUAAAACAUAAGAGUCAACAUAGUUCUGGUUAGUUUAAACAGCAGAGGUUUAUACAAAGUGCCUCAAGUUAUUUAUUUCACAUUUUAUCUUUGGCCCAAGGUAAAAGGUAUAAUUAUUCAGAUUUUUUUUUUUAAUACCAUAAUAGUUACACAAAUAAUCUGUCACUUAUCAGAAAAAUAUAUUAAGUAAAAAUAUGGAUGGGGAUAUCUUCCCUUUCAUCACAAUCACUACCCAUGUGCAAAGGCGCUUAAACACCCCACUCUCCAAGUAAAUGUGUUAAAAUUUAAUGGUGGCAUUCAUGUGCAUUUGUUGAGACUCUCCCCACCUCUCCUUACACACCUUUUAGCACAAUCUCCUCAAUGUGUACAUAAUAUAUGAAUGGCCCCUUACAUUUGUAUUUAAUUUAUAUUUAGUAACGGGGAUUUAAGUGCUAUCCAGAAAGGAUUUUUUUUAUAUUGUCAACAUAAAACAGAAAUUUAAGGAUAGAUGGCAAUGGCAUUAUUAUUAAUUUUAAGCAUAGAUGGUAAUGGCAUUAUUAUUAUUAUUAGAUGUAAGCAUAGAUGGUAAUGGCAUUAUUAUUACUGUUAAUGCAUUUAUUCACGUUUCCAAGACUUGGGUCAGUUGAAUUGUUAGCUGCUGUAUCAAAUCCAAUAAACCAUAAUGGUAAAGUUUGUCAAACAUUUCAUUUCCAUUGUUCACAAUUAAUUAUAGCUUUGUCUCUGAUGAAAUAUUGCAUACCAAGUUUUGGAAACCUGCUUUCAGACAUCAUAUUGCUUGGGUUUUUUUUGUGAGAAAGAUUACAUUUAUAAAAUUGUUUACAAACACAACUGUAAAUUGACUCAUCAUUGUAAAUGAUGGGCCCGUGUCAGCUUAAAAUGUUAAGUUUAUCUGAUCUACCUUAAAAAUAGUUUUAGAAAAGUACUGACUAGUUUGCGUGGAUGGUGGGGGGGGGGGUUGGGUGGAUGGUGGGUGGGGGGGGGUCUAAUUGACUAUCUGCUACACAUUCUAUCAAAUACAGUCACUGAAAGCUUGGUUGAAAUUUUAAGCACUUCUAACAGUGAAUUUAACAUUUCCCCAUUGGUCCAAGGGAUCUUUUGUGCUAAUGAUUUAUAUUUUUAAACGGGGCUGUAAAAUUUAGUUAGGAGACCAUUAUUUCAUACAAUGUAUGCUUAUUGGCUUGAGGGCUGGCUUCCUUAACAUAACAUUCAUUAGCCCAAACAUUUGCAGUGUUGUGUUAACUUUAUUUUUUUUCCCUUGAUUUUCAAAUUCUUUCUGUCUUUUAAAAUUUUCUUUGACAUUUCCUAUUCAAUUUUAUGUCCCGUUUAAAAAAUCAGUAGCUUUCCUUUUCCUCUCACAUCUCAAAAAAAAAAAUUUUUAAAAUAUGCUAACAGCCAAGCAACAUAUUUCCUUUUUUAUUUUGUUUGCUUGUAUGCAAAUGAAACAUGUAUAGAUAUAUAGAGAGAGCUAUAUAGCAAAACAACUUGUUAUUGUUGAUGGACUGGUGAGCAAAGUAUCACAAAUUUAGGUUCUGAAGAAAUUUAAAAAACAAAAAUUAUCUCUCUUUUUUUGUUAAUUGAACUCUCCUAACCUGACACAGAUUGUUGCACUGACUUGAUAGCACCGACUAUCUCCAUAUUAUUUCUGUAAAAAAAAAAAUUUAGAAACUUGUUGAGUAAACAAUUAAAUAUGAAGACUGUGUCCAUCAUACUCUAUAACUUCUACUCACAUCUACUAUCAAUUAUGUUUAAAAAAUCUUGCAGCGCUCUAAGCCUUCCUUUUUGCUUUCCAAAAUGCUAGAUUUUCAGAAACUAUUCUGAAUUUUUGUCUAAUUAUUCUAUCCUCACAUAUUGUUCCUAUUUUAAACAAGUCAAUCCACUGACCCUCGUUAGGAAUAUAUAUAUAUUUUUUAAGUACCUGGUAAAUAUAAAUAUUGUUUUUCUCCUGUGAAAUUCAGGAAGAGCAAGAGGAAGAAGACAGUGAAGAAGAAGAUGACACAUUCCAACCAUCUGAAGAUGGAUCAGACUUUGACGAAAGCAGUGAAGAUGACAGUGAGGAGAGUAAUUGGGAGGAAGAGGAAGAUGAUGAAUCAGGUAUGUCACUUUUGAGAGUAAUUGGAAGGAAGAGGAAGAUGAUGAAUCAGAUAUGUCAUGAGAGUAAUUGGAAGAGGAAGAUGAUGAAUCAGGUAAGUCACUUUUGAGAGUAAUUGGAAGGAAGAUGAUGAAUCAGGUAAGUCACUUUUGAGAGUAAUUGGAAGGAAGAUGAUGAAUCAGGUAAGUCACUUUUGAAAAAAAUGAGAGAGAAAAAAUUUUUAAUUAUUUUUUUUAACAGAGUUGAAAAUGUUCUCGUCUCAAGUUUUAUCCUUUUGUCAGGAUGUGUCUUUCAUUGUCUCUGGUUUCAAUGCCUUUAUAAGACUUUAAAGAUAAAGCAAAUAGACAACAGCUUAAAAUUUCAAAUUACUACUUUGUUGAAAUGAGAAAUUGUAUUUGGGGAAAGGGGUGGGGGUGUUUUAAAUAUGAAAACUUCAUUUUUUAUAUACUUUUAAACGAUUUCACUGACUUAUUGGUUAAUAGGGAUACGAAAGCCAUUAGAUACAUAAAAUCUAGACAUGACUGAUGCUCGCAGGUAGCCUCUUUGUAAGAUUUUUUAGUUGUAUUGUGUUUUUUUCUCAGCUUCUGAUGAUGACUUAGGCUCCAGUGAAGAGAGUGGCAAAGACUGGGACGAGCUAGAAGAAGAAGCCAGAAGAGGUAAAAUUACAAUUCUACCCCCUAGUAUAAAAUUUAUUUUGUGUAAAAUGUAAAACAAAUUGCAAAAUUGAACAGAUAAAAUAUAAUGCAAGAAAUAGGUGUUAUUAUUUUUUUUAUUUUUGUACAACUUAAAUCAUUGAACCCGUUGAUUUCUUCCUGAAACAUUUCAACCAAUUGAAUUACAUUUUCUACUCAGCGGACAAAGAGAAAGAUGAAGAAAUCCCAGAAGUAAGACCAUCCCAUAAACACAGACCCCAUCAAAAAGGGGGAGCGCAUGCUCAGAAGAGAAGCAGAGGCAGCAGCAGCCAUAGCAAGAGCAGCUCCCCUCAGAAGAAGAAAGCACGCCGCUAAAAAAAAAAAAUACAUAAAUUUUUUUGUCAUUUUUGUUUAUCGGAUGCUUGAUUACUUGUGUUAAAAGAAUUAUGUGAGAAUUUCAUAGGCAAUAUAUGUAAUCAUUGUUUUGUUGGAUGCCAAUUAUUAAGAGAAUUUGAUUGCUCAUGUUUCUUGUAUAUUACUUACAGAUUAUAUUUUGUAAAAAAAAAAAUAAUUAAAAAUUACCAGAAUGUUUGCCAACAAUUAUUCACUCUUAUAUAGUGUUAUUGGUAUUGCAAGAACAAACUUUCACAAUAAAAUCAUCCUUAUUUAAGUACGUUCAUACAGAUGAGUCUUGUUCAGGAUUAAUAUAUCACCUUUUAUUGUUCAUUUGUUACAAAAAGUGAAAGGUGUGUAAGACAUUUUUAAAAUGGGGCUGCUGGCCAUCUAAAUCAUUGAAGUUAAUCUGGGGUAUGAAUAAUUUGUACUUUUGUUAUAUUGAAAUGUUCUCAUUAAUGUAAAUAAAUAUAUGUAUGGUUAAACAGUCUUGCUUGCUUGAUUUUUAGUGGGGG